AUGCGCAAGACUCUAGGACCCAUCGUCACUAUCGACACCUCCCCUCCUCACCGUCCUUGGGAUGGUAAUCAAGCUACCCUCCUCUUCUUCCCUCUCUUUACCGCUUUUUUCCUGGUCUUGAUGUCGACUCUAUCGACACCGAUCGUCGAUGGGCUGUAUAUUGGUAAGAUUGGGGCUAGCGACGUUGGAAAGCUGAGCUGGGGGGUCUGGGGAUGGUGUGCUUCCGGUGUGCCCGGGGUCAGCGAUCUCUGCUCUUCCGACCGAAAGUUCAGUGCUCCAUUCUCUUCAAUCACAGGCAAGCUUCCUGAAUCUCUGGCAUCGUUCCAAGAGAUCAAUGAUACCAUCCCUGCUUCUUUUCUGAUCGCUAAUGGUCUCAUGCAUAUCUUUGCUACGGCCUCUGUAUGGAUGGCCCUCACCUGGACCCUUGCCGCCUCGGGCCAGUGGCACAACAAACAGCAGAACGCUUAUGACUGGACUCGCUGGUCUUUUGCUGCCACAGGCUGGUCUGGUAUCUUGAUCCUGACUGCUUGGGCGCUGGACCUCUCUUUCCUGGUCCGCCUCUCCGACCUCUCCCUCCCCGACGGAUCUCAGGCCCACCCCACACCUGGCCCCGCCAUCUUUAUGCAGCUUGUCGCCUUCCUCUGCUGUCUCUCGGCCUUCAUCGCCAGGGUUUCUUGGGGCAAGUUCAAGAGCCGCCCCGAGUGGACUCUCAAUAAUCAAAGUGAUUUCCAUAGGGAAGGCCAGGCGCCCAUGUCGGCGUUGCCGCCUAGUGAGGAGGAGCCGCCUACGUGGGAGUCUCUCAAUAUACAAGAUGCGCAGCAGGUUGUGUUGGAUGAGAAGGAUGGGGCCAGCUUGGGGGUAAGAGCUGAGCAGGGAAGUAAGCCUUCGAUCUAUGUGCCUUCUCAUGACCAGACAAGCUACGCGGUCUAA